AUGCAGGUGGAUAACGAGGAGCAAGUUUACUCACAGGAUGACAUAAAUAAAAGUAGAGCAAAGAGAGAAAUGGUUAAUCCAAAGAAAUGGCAGAGAAAUCAUAAUGAACAGUUAAGAAUGGAAGGCAAGGCAUAUAAAGGUGUAGCAAAGAUAGAUGGAAAGAAACAGUAUUGUGUUGCAAGAAAUGAAAGAAUUUUGGGAGCAAGAUGUUGCAGUAAAAGUUGUGAGAAGACAAGAAAAUGUGGAGAGAUUAAAGACAGAAAUAGAGGAAAUAUUCAGAUCAUUCUGGAACAACGUGGAUUGGAAGGAGAAGAAAAUUUAUGUUGCAAAUUUAGUACAAAAGUGUUACACAGCCAGUUCUGUCGCAGAAAACAGUCGACGUAA